AUGCCCCAUUUCCAGGUGAACCUGCUCAUUAUGGGUGUCAGCAGUGACAUGAAUUGCAAUUUAGAGACACCAGGGAACUGUCUUCAGGGACUAGGACCUUGGUACCCUAUAGGUUUGAGGCCAACCAGACAAGCAACUUCACCGGGCAGGCCCAUCUUGGGCCCCUUAGCUCUUGUAACCCCUUCUGAUCUCAUACCUCUCAAUUUUGGGGAGUAUGUCAUAUCCUCAUCUUUUCAAAAUGCACACACGUUUCAUUUUUGCUAAUUAUUUCUUGUUGAUAAAAUAGAUUAGAUCCAGACACUCAGGAUUGCUGCAGGAAGUCAGGUUUAUUGGAACAAAAAGUACAAGCUUGUUGGUCAUGUUUUUUUUGUGUGUGUAAGCUCAAAGUAGGGGUAUAUUUGUGCAAAAUAAAAAUCAACUGCAAAAGUCAAACUUUUUAUUAGAUGGGGAAGAAUAUAUCAAUGUAUUUUUUAAUUUUGAAUCUAACCAAGUACAUUGUUUUUUUCCAGAAAAACAACUCUGGGGCUGCGGCCUGCAGAUUCCCACCUUGAAUUAUGAAAGUGUCCUCCACAAUGACCAAAGUGCCUAUAAUUGGUUGUGUGCUCUGAAGAAAGUUGGAAUUGUGCUGCUGGAAGGUGCCCCAGUCAAACAAGGAGAACUGGUCACACUCGGGAAGAGGAUUGGUUAUAUGAGGCAUACAUUUUAUGGGUAAGUACAUGCAAUCUUUAAUAAUUACAUUUUCUAAAUGUAAUGGUUUUAAUUUACUUUUUUAAGAUUCAAUACUAAAACUAACAAAUUAUUUGUUUGACCUGUCUGUUGCUAAAAUAUACAAGCACCAUAUGCUCAUUGAAUCUAAAAAAAACAAAAAACAGACCUCAUAGAACAGCCAUAUCGAUACAAUUUAGAGUUUGGAUUCUUUAAAGGAACUGCUAUGUUUAUGAAUGGGUUAAGCCUUCCCCCAAAACCUCUAGCGGCUGUCUCACUGACAGUCGCUAGAGGCGCUUGCGUGCUUCUCACUGUGAUUUUCACAGUGAGAGCACGCCAGCGUCCAUAGGAAAGCAUUGUAAAUGCUUUCCUAUGCGACCGGCUGAAUGCGCGCGCAGCUCUUGCCGCGGGUGCGCAUUCAGCCGACGGGGAGGAGAGGAGGAGGAUCGGAGGAGGAGAGCUCCCCGCCCAGCGCUGGAAAAAGGUAAGUUUUAACCCCUUUCCCCCUUCCAGAGCCGGGCGGGAGGGGGACCCUGAGGGUGGGGGCAUCCUCAGGGCACUAUAGUGCCAGGAAAACAAGUAAGUUUUCCUGGCUCUAUAGUGGUCCUUUAAUUAGUGUGUUCAAUGGCCAGGUUAACGAUUCUGCCAAAGAAUUUGACCUCAAGGCUUGAACAUCAUAAAUUAACAGAAAAUGGGAGAGUCGAAAAUACAAACAAUAGUAUAUAUACUACCAAUGGUGAGUUAUUGGAAUACACUGUAUUUAUUAAACAUCAGUGAAUGCGAGUACCUGGCCACCACAGUUCGGUCCAAACUGUAAUUAUGGCUAGGGCAGAAAUUACACUCCUCCUUAGCUAUUGCAAUAAAUGCCAGCAACGGACAACCAUGAUUGGUCAAGAGUCAACUGACCACUCUCAGCCUCAGUCAAAAGACUAUGACUAAAACUAAAUAGAUAUUUGCCGCCAAAAUUAACACUACACAGAGGGGCUGUGGGAGGGGCAAAAGAGACAGACCAGGACUUAGGAGAGAGACACCUAGAUACACUCGGAGGACACAAAGAGACACAGAGGGGAAAGGGCAAAAGAGACAGAUACAGGCUUUAAAUAAACCCAAUAGUGAAGCUCUUACCAACGGGCGAGCGAGAGCUUACGCACUUUGAGCAGUUGUGCAUCUUACACCCGCUGAAACACAAGCUACUAUCCACUAUAUAUACGCUACUACAAAAGACAAGUUCAUCUGAACUCCCUAGAUUCACUGUAAAGUGGGCAGAUAAAUUACAAGCUAAUAUCUCAUCAGUCCAGUGGAAAAAAAUAUCUCUUAGGGCACACAAGGCAUCCACGAGUAUCGCCACACAAGAAAGCAAUUACAAGCGGCUUACGCACUGACAUUACACUCCAGCUAAAAUCCAUAAACUACAUAACAGUGACCAGGAUACAGGUUAGAGAUGUCAACAACCAGAUACACACCCUACACACAUUUGGUGGCGAUGUCCGUCGAUACAUACAUUCUGGAAACGCAUACAAACAGUUAUACAGUUAGUCUCGAAAACACAGAUACCCUUCUCACCAGAGUACAUGCUGUUUCUCUUAUCCCCACCCCUAUAAGAGAGACAAGGAACAUCUUUGACCUCUCACCUACUCAUGGCAGCAAACCAGCUAGUCCCAGUCAAAUAGAAACAAGUGACCCCUCCAUCCAUCAGAGAAUGGAUCCAAAGAGUGGAAGGGAUAAAACAAAUGGAGGAAAUCACGUAUUCUAUAUCCAAAAACUAUGAAAAAUUAACUCUUAAUUGGGAACCCUGGAAAUCCUUUAUACGGGAUGCUGAUAAUAUCCUCUCAACCGAAUGCAUUACAGAUAGAUGUGGCUAGUAGUCUGAUGGGAGUGAAGUAAAAUGCAAAUCAUCUAGAUGUCGUUUUGUAAACCCAUAAUCAAAGCGCCUGAUAGAUAGUAGACAAUACACCAAUACGAUCAAGGUAGUUGACUGUUUUAUUUCUGAAUGCAAAGGAAGAAAUUAUGUCAAAUAUGCAUAUGCUAUCAAAAUGUAUAAGCCAGCAAAAGUUACAUGCCACCACUAAUUGUAUGCUUUUAACCUUGUAACGCAACUGGAAAUGUAUGCAUGUGUCUGAAGCAAUAAGGCAAAAUUAAGAUACCUACAAAUGUAACAUAUGAAACUAUGUUUUUCUAUGCCAUUGUUCUACACGAUCUAUGCCAUUGUUAAACACUAUUAUAAAACCAAUAAAAAUAAUUAAAUAUAAAAAAAAACAAUAGGUUUUAGUCUUGUCGAUUAAAGUCUACUGUAGAUUUAGUCGACUAAAAUGUUCUGGAGAUUUAGUCGACUAAAAGUAGACUAAAAUUAAAACUAUUCUGAUGACUAAAAUACGACUAAAACUAAAAUGGCUUUUUAAUCAAAAGACUAUGACAAAACCUAAAUUGAAAUUUUCUGGCAAAAUUAACUCUGGCAGCUUCAAGGGACAGCUUGAGGUAAGUAAAACUUCCCUUCCUCUGCACCCUGGGCAACCAGACACACACCAGAUCUGUUACUUUAGAAAGUAGUAGACCUGCCUUUAAAAAAUAAAAAAAAACAUCUGACUGGCUGAGGAUCAUAUGAGUAGUAGUUCCUCAAUGACCAGAGAGAAAGGUUGGUUACUACUAACCUGCAGAUUUUAUUCAGUUAAUCUAGCUUUGGGUCACUGUAAGUGAAUUCGAAGAGCUGCAGCACCUAACUGAAGCCAUGUGGGUCCACGGUUUCUAAAUGUUGUUAAUAUAUGCCUGUUUUUUUGACUGCUGGUCCAUUUUGUUUCCAUGAUAGUUGUUUUUUUAAAAUGUAUUUGGUGAAUCAUUUUUAUUAAAUGACGAUUGCAUAACAUUCCGCAACUACGCUAGAAAAAAAUAAUUCAACAAUUUAUGUGAAAAAAGAAAGAACUCGUAACACGUGGAUGGCACAUUGGCCCAACAUAUAUAUUUAAUUUUUCUAUAAAUAUGUACGUGCCUGACAAUCACAUCUGAAUCAUCCCAGAUGGUCUUCACAAUGGAUACUAUUGGAUGUGCGUGAGACACUUUACCUGCAUUGGGGAAUCAUUUACUUAAUAUUUGUUGAAAGUCCAUUUUUAGUUUAUUUUUCAUUUGAGUUAAGCUCUGGCUUUAUAUAGCUGUUAGCAUUUUAACUAAUACAAUGUAAAUAAACAAUAAAUACAUGUUAGUAGAAUUCUGUCAUCGUGUUUUGGGAUCCUUUCAACAACAGGAAAGUUAGUAAACAGUAUCGAUCAGUCUGUUGUCAAUUUGAGUUUCAAAAAGGGAUGGUAAACUGUUAUACCCAUAUACUCUUCCAGAAUACACACAGAUACACACUGCUGGACACACAUACACACUGUCACACACACACAGUUACACAAUGUCAGGCACAUAUACAAACUCAGAUGUACAAUGCCACACACUCACACAUACAUCAUUUUAGGCACACAUACACAGAUUCCUGUUAUUAAACACACAUACACAAAUGCGCACUGUCAGACACACACACUGUCAGACACACCCUGUUAGACACACACACACAGAGACAUAGUUAGAUACACAUUCACACUGUCAAACAGUCAUACAAUCCGACACACAUCUGCACCCAUCCGCAACCACUUCCCUCCAGAAAUAUAACCUCUGCCUCUACCCUUUGGCGCUCCUAAGGCAGUCCUAACUCUGUACCAUGCCAUAAAUUUCAAACCAGUGCAUGGAAGUGCAGUGUGGGGGUCAGAAGGGAGCAAUAUGACAAAGUGCUAUAUCCAUCUCCCUACCCCACACAGCUCAACAUCAGAGCCCUUAGAAUGUCUUAGAUAUCACAUCCUCCAGCAUUGCUGAAUGUGAGGAAGCGGUGUUCGUUAAGAUAUAUCUAUCUCUGCAACCUGGACUAUUACGUGCCACAUGGACCCUUGUGAGCCCCUGAGCUGUGUCGGGCCCCUUGUUUUGGUGUUAUCCUUGUGGUUACAACAUAUCAAACUCAAGGGAUACAAAACUGUGGCAAAGAAUAAACACAGCCAGGCUUUAGGAUUCCAGAGAUCCUAGUAGGUCAAUAACAGAGCUGAGUCAAAACCUGAAAAUGCACCACAAUGGAAAUCUUACUCUUGGCUAACAGAGACUGCAACGGAAUAAAGAGGAGUGGUGUGGCCUGAAAUAUCUCUAGAAUCGGUUUCAUUAACUUGUGUAAAUUAUGAUGUCAAGUAUCGCUGACCAGAUGGCACAGAGUCUGUGACACUUCAAUGAUAUUAUCAACUGUAAAAUGAUCCGUGAAUUUUGGAUUGUGGUUUGCUGGUUUGCAAUGUACCCCUGAGUCCAUGCUACGGUAAUUUUUGGUAGUAAAGGGACAUAAUGGUCACCAUCACCACUUCAUCUCAAUAAUGUAAUUGUAGUGCUGCCCCACUGUUAAUUUCCAAAUGGUUGACACUGAAUGUGGUUAUCCAUGCAUUCUCGGUCUGGCCCCUCUCUGCUGCAGAAAUAGCCCAAGCAGCAAUAAGACAGUAGUGAUGCAUUGAAAGCAUUAACUGAGCUGGGUCGGUAUGGCUAAUGGGGCAGAGCUAGGGAAAGACCAUCAAAGCCGAAGACCAUCACUUAGUUCUAAUAACUGCUCAGGAGCCUGAGAAGAAAUAUAGAAAUAUCUUAUCCUGACUGUGCUUUUUAUUAAAGCCAUCUUGGAGACAACGGGCUUUUACGUGUAUUAAGCUUUUAACACAUGGGUCACAGUUGGCACGUGUUUUGUAAAUACUCGAAGUUGUGAAAUGGCAGAACCCAUGAAGAGUUCUAAAUGCAACUUUUAAAUAAACACUAAUCUGUAAACCCACGAAUGGCAACUUAAACCUUGUGAGACCAAUAUUCUGAGAUUCCGAGUAGUCUGCUAGUCUGUGUCUAGAAAUGUUAGUGCUUUUUAUUAUAUUAUUAGGCAAAUUACAGCUGUUUUUGACAUAUUUCCCAUAAUGCUUGGCUGCUGUGAUAACCCCUUGAUAUAUAUCUACAAUAUACGUUUAAAGUCAGUUGCUAUGUCAACAACAUGCAGUGUAGAAAAUAACUAAUUCAAAGACUUAAAUAAACCAUAAUUGAAUGAAAUAUCUUUGUACUAUUAUGUAAAUAUUUUACAGUGGAGGAUAGUAACAGAGACAAGUAGGGGAGAAGUCCGCCCUACGUGACAAUCCGCAAGGGUGCACAGAACUGUCUAUUGACGGCAGAGCCAUGCAGCAAGUGAGUACUCUGCAGAUUCCAUUAGCAGACCCUGCUGGAGGCAGAGGCUGCUGGGACCACUCUGUGCUUGGCUGCACUGCUUCAUGUCACUAUGUACUAAUGUUAGGCGCCAGGAUGUAACAUCACCUUAACUGUGGCAUCAGUGCAGAGCUGCAGGGAGUUGUGCAUUCAGUGCACAGAAUGAUCUCAGCACAAACCACCAGCCAAGAAGGAUACAAGUCUAAAUAGAAAAAACAAUGAAUAUGUGUGCGUGUGUGUGUGUGCGUCUGUGUGUAUGAAUGUGUGCGUAUGUCUGUUUGUAUGAAUGUUUCUAUGUGUGUGUAUGAAUGUGAGCAUGUGUCUGUAUAAAUGUGUGAGUGUAUUUGUAUGUGCGUGUGAGUAUGUGUGCGAAUAUAAAUAUGGGUGUUUGUAAUUUCCCUAACAAACAGGGUUUUAAGGACAGUGCAGAGUGACACACACACAAAAACAUUUACAUUCCAAGUAUGGGGUGCCAAUAUACAUCACAUGCAUAUAUUGAGGAGUCCCUCCUGGUCAUAGAAACUAGAGAUAUGAUGAUUCCACAACUAUCCCAGAGUUUCCAGCUAAACACGUAAAUGAAUUCAGACAGACAUUGAGACAUUGUGUUUCAAACUUCACACUCUAUUAAAUAUUCGCAAGUGCCCAAGCACGACCCCUCAAAGUCCAACUUGAGAUAUGUACGUUAUUUUUUAUUUAUUUUACAAAUAUUAAUAUUUCCGUAUAUAUAAAAAAAAAUUGAUCAGUAUUUAAUAAUGAAAAGGAGAGUCAGAGAUAAAAGAAAAUUUUAUAUGGCAGAAAAAAAAGUAAUUGGUAUUUUACAUAUAUGUGUGGGUGCCUAAGUGUGUUCAGUAUACAUUACUUUAAAAAAAAAAAACAUAUUAGGAAACAAAAACAAAAUGCAUUUUGUGGUUAAAAUAAAAAUGUAAAAGAUGAUCUGCCCAUUGUAACAACUUGACCCAUAUCAGUGAAGCAUGUAUUUAUAGAAAAAGAAAAUUCAGCCUUUGCAAGCUGUCUCCUUUUUACCUGGAAGAGACUUUCAGUCUCUUCACAGGGAAAUAAGCCAUCUUCACGUGCAUGCGCGCACCGGCUCAAGUAGCUCAGGGGAGUUUACAGAAGUAGGAAGGAAUCUUCCUUAGCUGUUUGAUUUUAUUAUUAAAUAAUGGAACACCCCAUGGCUGUCAAUCAAACACCCAAGGGUGUAUGCCAUGAUUUAAUAAUAGAAGUGCAGAUUUCUCAUAGAAAAACAAAACAGUAUAGGAUAAGCUGAAAUGCUUUAUGGAUGUGUAGAGGUCCCUUAAUUAUUUAAACUAAAAAUAUCAGCUACUGCCUGGAAGUGUAACUAAUCUCAGUCGGGAUAGGUAAUUAAAAUUAAAUUAGACACCACAGUUUAGAGAUGGUCAGGGUUAUUCACUAGAGUGAGAAUUCAAAGUGAAUUUAAAGUUCAUGUCUAAUUUAAGGUCUAAGUAGCCAGUUUGGAAGCAGAGCUGCCUUAGAGAAUUUUCCCAUUUUGGCUAUUUUUACCUUGAAUUUAAAAUUCACUUUGAAUUCUCACGUCUGGUAUGAUUUGUUCCCCCGGAGAUUCUGUACGGAAUGCAAGGUACAGUAAAACAACACAACUCUACGGGAUCAUUUUUCAGUUGCCCGCCAUCUCACACUAAGCUUUUUCCUCUGUGGAUUAGUUUAAUCAAAUUACAAAUGUGCAAAGAAUAAGUAGUAUUUCACAGAAAGUAAAAAUAUACCGUUUAGGUUUUUUGAGGCCCAUAAUAUCAUUAUAUAAUACUUUUCAAUAUCAAAAACAACCUGAUUUUUUUUUUUUUUACUUCUUUUUCUUCUCUUACACUCAUACGUGACUUUUCCCAAUGAAGAAGGAAUGUGACAGACGGGUUAGCUAUAGAUUUGUUUCCUUGAAUAAACUGCAUUUGAUAGUUGCUACUGUUGUUCUGUUAAGUGAAAGAGUUCCAUUUACUUUGCCAAUGAAAACACAAGGCAAUCGGGUCAUCCUAUAUUCUCAUUUCCUUAAGGAAUUCGAGCAAUGAAAACACUAUCUGACAAAUUCCAGAUGUCUGUAGCAUAGCGUGACUCCUUUUACCAGACAUGGCAGAAAUAUCUACUAUAGGCCACGCUUCAUGGGCGAAAUGAACGUUUUAUUUCUGAAUACAAUCAGACCUUUACAUUGGCGUAGCUCAGAGAUAGCUAACCUAGAUCCUCAGAUGUUUGUGAGCCACAUUCCCAUGACGCUCUAUGCCACAGGAAGUGUAACUAGAGUGCCAAAGGUAACUGUCACAUACUUAAAUAACGAGUCCUUCACCAAUUUUCACCAAUACUUGGAUAGUGCCAUGUUUACAAAAAAAAUGGAUGACAAGUUGUUUUUUUAGUUUCUGUGGCAGAAGUACUGUCUGCUGGUUAAUACACGUUACUGUUCUAUUGGUAUCUGGCCUGGUGACAUGAAUGAAAAAAAAAGAUAAUGAACAGAGUUAUUCACUAAAAUGUUAUCAAUUGAUGUAAAAGCUUCCGUGUUCCGCAGAGAAUGCAGUCAUGUUUAAGUUGGAUGAAUGACAAAUGGCAAUCCUUGACAUCAGAGAGCCAUGGGGCACGCUAAUAACUGCAGUAACAUUAGCAAUUCACUGCAGUCAUGUCACGCUGGGCAGGGAGAGAUGGCGCAGAGUACUCUCUGUACAUAACGCAGUUAUGGUGCUUAUGGUGAACCUUUAAAGGACCACUAAAGUCACCCAGACCACUUUGUCUCAAUGAUUUGGUCUGAGUGCAAUGGCUCUGUAAUUUUAACCCUGCAAUGUAAAAAAUUUGUAAAAACUAAUUUCAGGGUUAAACAUACCUUUAGUGGUGCUUCCUCUACAGUGAUCGAAUAAAACGAUAAAACUUGGUCACUUGAGGUUUCAGCUGAUUUUGUGUGUCAGUCCAUAAUGCUCUUCUAUGAGAGGGAAAGAGAUGGAUGCCAAGGGAGUCUCGGCACUGGUGAAAAUGUAAGUAAAAACCUUUUCUGUAAAAAGGAAUCUGCAUCUAGGACACUAUAGUGUUAAGAAUACAGGCGGAGUACGAUAUCGUAAAAUACACUGUAGCGUUCCUUUAAGAAUCUCUCACAUUUUAUAGAGAACCCAUCUCUUGGUCAUAUAAUCUCCUAAUUUUUAAUCUCUUAAAAAGUAAAAUAUUUUCAUUGCUAAAUGUUUAAUGGUUACCUUUACUUAACAACGAGCAUAUCAGUGCUCAUGUUAGAACAUAAGCCAGAGGAAUAGUAGUGGUAGGGCUUGAGUCCAGUGGGAACUCAUGUGGACCCUGUUCCCUUACAGAAUUUACAGAGGGAACAGUUUCCACAUUUCUUGCAUUAAGGUGGGGUACUCUUUGCAGUACAUGAUCAUUUAUAUAGGUCACUGGGCAUUUACAAUUUGAAAAGAAGGAAUUGAAGAAAUGUUCUACAUCAUUUUUUGCACAUUUUUCAAUCUGAAAUGAUUUGUUUAUAAUUAUGUGUUUUCUUCCUUUAUACUGGAUUGACAUAAUUUUGACAUUUAUAUUGAUAUACUGCUAGAGUUGGCUGACACAUUUACAGACAGUUACAUCUUCCAAUAAGCUUUGAGUGAUUUAUUGUGAAUAUGUGUAAUGCUGUAUUCAUGGAUUUGAAUAGAUGAGAUGAAACUUUUGCUAGUAAUUAUAUAAACCAUAUAAAAUAUAAAAACUGCAUAUUACUUUAAUAUUGUCCUUCAUACACACCAUAUGUGCACACAAGGGGCAGCACAAUUUGUAUCUAAUAGUGAUUGGUUAAGAGUGGUAUAAUAGGAGUUACUUAGGGGAUGGGAAUUUGAACCUGAAGAGUUCCCUCACUUGUUUAUUUAGGAUCUGAAUCCUGAGUAGUUAGGUUUCAGCAUGUAGUGAUGGUGUAUAAACGAAUAGGAAUCCAUCAGGAUGAAAGCAAUUAACCACUAAUCUCACAUUUAUGAUAUCCUCUCAGGACCAGCAAUGGAAAUAGCCUACAUCAGUAACUAAAUUCUAAAUAAGGUUUGUGAGGACUGCUUCUGGACUCAUAUACAUCAUCCAAUUCAAAUGUCAAAUAUAUACAAAUAUAUACAGAAGAAUCAUUCUGUAUAUUGGCAUGGCUACUUAUUAUUAGUUGUGUGAACUAAUUAGAUCCUCCAAAAUUAAAACCCAUUGCUACAAUUCUGUAUUCCCUAAAUGUGUGCAAUUGACAUCCUUUGAGGACAAAAUUAGAACCAUGUUGAUAAGUUCUUCUCACAAGUAUUACGAGUUGUUGUUUAACAUUUAGCAAGCCCAAGGAAAUCUCAUGUACAACUUCAAGCUGAUAAUCAUGGGACAGAUGUUGUUCCAUCAUCAUCUUCUUAUGGAAUCCUUGUGGCUUCUUUCUAAUGUCUAUAAAGAAUGUUAAUAUCAUCGUCAACAUUUAUCAUAUGGUCUCAACAUAUUCCAAAAUGAUCAGUGCAUUGUUUAGCGUAUUGGCACAUUUAAACAGCACAAACCAGAGCCGAAUGGAAAGAUACAUAGUUGUCUCUGACUUCAAAACAAUUAAUUGCUGGCUUCUGUGAAGUUUUUCCUUCCUUGCUUGCUUACUUGCCAACUGCUUUAUUUGCUUUAAGAAUAAAUAAAAUAACUCUCAAACCACGUAAGGGAUUCUUAAAUCUGUCCAUACUAACAUCUAACUCCAGGAUGUUGAGAAAGCUCAUAUGGACCUUGCUACCAGUCAUACUACGAAAGACAAGAAACACAUGUGAGGUUUAGUAUAAAAUGUGCACAUGUCCAGGGCAUGCUUGUAGAUCAGACAGGAAGCUCCUUAUUACAAGGUACAUUAAGGAUUUCAGUGUACUGUAGCAUGCUUAGCCUUGAAAUUAGUGGUAGCAAGACUCAAUAGAUGGAAACCAGUCAUAGAGACAGAAUCCAUCUGGAUGAAGUAAAACCAGCUACCUUACAUAGACGAAACAUUGAUUUACGUUUCACAAUUACAAAUAGCUGUGAGUGUUUCAAAUAUGUGAGAACUGUGUGAUUGCUUGUACUUAGCAAAAAGAAAACUAAAGAGCAUGGUUUAUGAUUAAUGGGUUGGAGACAUUUUUGUAUGACAAAAUGGAUCUCCAGGGCCUGUCUUUUAGGUCUUUGCAUGUUAGAGAAUUAUAGAGGAGUAUUCCAACUUUUUUAGACUCUGGACUCACAGCCGUCAGAACGUAAGCUGGGUGCUGUACUCUAAAAAAACAUUAUCUCCACUGUCAGGCUCUUUAUUUGGGUUUUCCAGUAGCCUCAAUAGUACGUUUCUGUAUAUUCUUGUUGCCUUGCAGUAUGGACCUUCAGGGUUACUUGCUAAAUUCCAAAGUGUAUCGAAUUGGAAUCUGGAUUGCAAAAUGAAAGUGGAAACUACCAAGCUGUAACCAUAACUAGGUUGGAUAAUAGUUCUAGAUUGGAUAUUGGUGGCUCAAUUUUCAGAUUAAUAAUUUAAUUUGUUGCUCCUCAGACUCCACCAAGUAAUCCUGGUUGACUUUGUUUUUCUUUUCAAUGAUUUCCAGAAAUAUCGACCUGGCAAGUUCUACGAUAUUGUGUACCUGUUGUGUUCUGGCCUCUUACUGUCUCUCACAGAGUUAUUUACUAAAGUGAGAGUUAAAAGUGAGUUUCAAAUUUCAUGUCAAAAUAGACACACUGGAAAAGUCAGCUACGUUUUCAGUGAAUUUGAAAUCCACUUUGAAUUCACUUUGAAUUUUUGCUUUAGGAAAUGACUGUGGUAGUCUGUUAAAGCAGUCUUCUUUUGCCUCUACAUAAGUAUAAUUUAAUACACGCAAAGGAGGUUUAGACAUCUUUUUGUUCUUUUCAUAUGAGCCUACUUCUAGCAGUAGCUAGUUGCCUACACUCUGCAAGAAAAGGUCACUAGAUACACUGACGUUUGAGAACAGUUAUAGAAAUCCAAAGAAAUUGUGUUUAUGUUAAAGUAAAAAAGGGUAAGCAUAUAAGGAGUUAAACAGAAGGAUUUGGUUUAUGUUUUUUGCAUUUUGCAUUUUUUAAUCAUAGGCAGAUUUUAGGGGGUUUGUUUCAUAAUCAUCUUUAAUUUCCAUUAAAUCGGAAAGUGUACUUUUAAAGUCUAUAGCAAAAUACUUGAUUUCAUCAGGCACUAUUUAUAGGUUAACACAGCAAAACAAGUUAUAUAAUACUCAUUAAUAAUUUUUUUUUGUUUAAAAGCACAUAAAAUCGCUUGUACCAUUACCAUUUGUAAAUUAAUCAUAAACUCUCCCGCCAAGUCUUCUUUGUAACAUUAAGUCCCUUUCACCACUGUAACCAGAACAGCCAAGGAAUCCCAGCCAAACCUUCUUUUUCAGAUUUCAGAGAGUAAAAUGCUUCAGCUUGCAUUCAAACAUAUCCCUACCUCCUCAAUUGAAAGGUUAACAAUGUAUUCAAUGGACGAGGUCUCCCUUUUGUCUGCUAAAGUUUAAAAUGAAUUCAUAGAGAAAGAAAGAAGGAGGGGGGAAACGCUUUUGGCACCGAAUCUACAUGCUUUCCAGAUUAGAACAUAGAAACAAGACAUUUUCCUUCCCCAUAAUAAGUUGGAGACCACAUAUGACUUUGGUUAAUGCAUUCCCCCAGUACAGUUGAUGAGCCCAAUAUGAUCAUAAUCAAAGAAUUGUGGUGGAUGCAAAUGUUCGUACAUUGAAGUACUAGGGAUGACAAAUAUUGUUUGUUUCUCAUUACUAGAAAUUUUUGGCCACAAAAAGAGAUGCUAUAUACAGCGGAAAAAAAUGUAUGUAAACAACUGAAGAACUUUGCAGAAAAGACCAAUAAUGUGUUCACUUCUCGGUGCCAAAAUUACGUUGUCAUUCUGAGCUGGAGACGUGCCUCCGACGUGAUGAUUUAUGGCUUUAUCACAGUAACACUCUCUAAGCCAAUGGCUAUAAAACCUCUCUAUUAACAGUGUAGGAGCCGCCCUAGACAUCAGUAGCUGUCUGCCUGCUGUGAACAAAUUGUUUCUGAAUUAAUCUAGCAAAAGGGAAACAGUACAGGGGUCCAUGAUCUUAGGACAAUACAUGUUGAGCUCUGUCUGGGAUAAGUGGGAGUCAAACUACUUUACUUUAACUAAAGUCAAACUAGGGUUCUUUAAGCAUUUAUAAUCUGCCCGAUCUACUGUCUAAUGGGUUAUGGUGUUUCAAGAACUUUCUAUUCCCUUAAUUCCUGGUUCACCGUUACAUAUCAUGUGUACCUACCUCCCAACAUUUCAAAUGGACAAAGAGGGACACUUUAAUUUUAGGGCUGUGGCUGUGGCCAGGGGCAGGGAUGUCCUGAGAAAUUUCAGAUGUCUUGUUAAUAACAAUUUAUGGAACUAAAACGUAAUUUAGAACAACUACAAUGUAUCGUAUUUACACAGGCUGAUUUCUAAACACAUUUAUUGUACUUUUUUAGACAUAUUACUGGGAGGAUCAUUUCUGUGGAGCGCUGUUAUACACUCAGACACAUUACUGGGAGUAUUAUUGCUGUGGAGCUCUGUUAUACACUCAGACACAUUACUGGGAGUAUUAUUGCUGUGGAGCUCUGUUAUACACUCAGACACAUUACUGGGAGUAUUAUUGCUGUGGAGCUCUGUUAUACACUCAGACACAUUACUGGGAGAUUUAUUGCAGUGUAGCUCUGUUAUACACUCAGACACGUUACUGGGAGUAUUAUUGCUGUGGAGCUCUGUUAUACACUCAGACACAUUACUGGGAGUAUUAUUGCUUUGGAGCUCUGUUAUAAACUCAGAUACAUUACUGGGAGUAUUGCUCUGUUAUACACUCAGACACAUUACUGGGCGUAUUAUUGCAGUGGAGCUCUGUUACACACUCAGACACAUUACUGGGGGUAUUAUUGCUGUGGAGCUCUGUUAUACACUCAGACACAUUACUGGGAGUAUUAUUGCUGUGGAGCUCUGUUACAGAUGCAGACACAUUACUCGGAGUAUUAUUGCAGUGGAGCUCUGUUAUACACUCAGACACAUUACUGGGAGUAUUAUUGCUGUGGAGCUCUGUUAUACACUCAGACACAUUACUGGGAGUAUUAUUGCUGUGGAGCUCUGUUAUACACUCAGACACAUUACUGGGAGUAUUAUUGCUGUGGAGCUCUGUUAUACACUCAGACACAUUACUGGGAGUAUUAUUGCUGUGGAGCUCUGUUAUACACUCAGACACAUUACUGGGAGUAUUAUUGCUGUGGAGCUCUGUUAUACACUCAGACACAUUAAUGGGAGUAUUGUUGCUGUGGAGCUCUGUUAUACACUCAGACACAUUACUGGGAGUAUUAUUGCUGUGGGGCUCUGUUACACACUCAGACACAUUACUGGGGGUAUUAUUGCUGUGGAGCUCUGUUAUACACUCAGACACAUUAUUGGGAGAUUUAUUGCAGUGUAGCUCUGUUAUACACUCAGACACAUUACUGGGACUAUUGCUCUGUUAUACACUCAGACACAUUACUGGGCGUAUUAUUGCAGUGGAGCUCUGUUACACACUCAGACACAUUACUGGGAGUAUUAUUGCUGUGGAGCUCUGUUAUACACUCAGACACAUUACUGGGAGUAUUAUUGCUGUGGAGCUCUGUUACAGAUGCAGACACAUUACUGGGAGUAUUAUUGCUGUGGAGCUCUGUUACAGAUGCAGACACAUUACUGGGAGUAUUAUUACUGUGGAGCUCUGUUAUACACUCAGACACAUUACUGGGAGUAUUAUUACUGUGGAGCUCUGUUAUACACUCAGACACAUUACUGGGAGUCUUAUUGCUGUGGAGCUCUGUUAUAAUCUCAGACACAUUACUGGGAGUAUUAUUGCUGCGGAGCUCUGUUAUACACUCAGACACAUUACUGGGAGUAUUAUUGCUGUGGAGCUCUGUUAUACACUCAGACACAUUACUGGGAGUAUUAUUGCUGUGGAGCUCUGUUAUACACUAAGACACAUUACUGGGAGUAUUAUUGCUGUGGAGCUCUGUUAUACACUCAGACACAUUACUGGGAGUAUUAUUGCUGUGGAGCUCUGUUAUACACUCAGACACAUUACUGGGAGAUUUAUUGCAGUGUAGCUCUGUUAUACACUCAGACACAUUACUGGGAGUAUUAUUGCUGAGGAGCUCUGUUAUACACUCAGACACAUUACUGGGAGUAUUAUUGCUGUGGAGCUCUGUUAUACACUCAGACACAUUACUGGGAGUAUUAUUGCUGUGGAGCUCUGUUAUACACUCAGACACAUUACUGGGAGUAUUAUUACUGUGGAGCUCUGUUAUACACUCAGACACAUUACUGGGAGUAUUAUUGCUGUGGAGCUCUGUUAUACACUCAGACACAUUACUGGGAGUAUUAUUGCUGUGGAGCUCUGUUAUACACUCAGACACAUUACUGGGAGUAUUAUUGCUGUGGGGCUCUGUUAUACACUCAGACACAUUACUGGGAGUAUUAUUGCUGUGGAGCUCUGUUAACACUCAGACACAUUACUGGGAGUAUUAUUGCUGUGGAGCUCUGUUAUACACUCAGACACAUUACUGGGAGUAUUAUUGCUGUGGAGCUCUGUUAUACACUCAGACACAUUACUGGGAGUAUUCUUGAUGUGGAGCUCUGUUAUACACUCAGGCACAUUACUGGGGGUAUUAUUGCUGUGGAGCUCUGUUAUGCACUCAGACACAUUACUGGGAGUAUUAUUGCUGUGGAGCUCUGUUAUACACUCAGACACAUUAACAAUAUGGAGCUUGUAGAAAAGAAGGACAUUAGGAUAGAAAAGAGGGAUAGAGAGAUUUGGAUCUAAAAUUGGCACUGUCCAUCCUAAAUAGGAACACUUGGGAGGUAGGUACUGUAUAUAUGUGUACAUGUAUAUUAUAUAUAAUAUAUAGAAGCAAUGCUACAAUUUGCUUUAAGCACAGACAGAGCUUGCCAAUAUUUACAUAUUAAUACCAUUAGUUCUUGUUUUGUGCAGAUAUAUUUUAAUUCUCCAAACCUGUACGAUAAGCAAGCCAACUGUUUAUUUUAAUGAGCUAACCAUGUUCAUUAAGCCAUUGCUAGCAUUUCAGAUUCCAACAUUGAGAAGAUUUACAUUAAGCUAAUGCAGCAGAUACUGAUGUUCAGGGCCGGACUGGCAUACAAACUCAUAGAGACAUACAAACUCAUGCAGACACACAGAUACACAUACAGAUACACAUAUUUACAUACAGACACACAAACACACAAACAGGCACACAGAUACAUAUACAGACACACAAACACAUACAGACACACAGAUGCACAUAUAGACACACAUAUACACAUACAGACUAACAGAUUCAAAUACAGAAACACAGAUAAACAUACAGACACACAUGCAGACACAUAGAUACACACAUAGUUACACAAACAGAUACACAGAUGUACACAUAUAUGCAAACAGAUAAACGGGCACACAUAUAUACAUACAGACAAACAAACAAAUACACACCCAGACACAUACACAGACACACAUACAGACACAUACAGGCACACAUAUUCACAUACAUACACACAGAUACACAUAGAGUCACACAGAUAUACAGGCAUACAUAUAAUCAAAUACACAUACAGGCACACAGAUACACAUAAAGACACAUAUAUUCACAUAUAGAUACACAUGCAGACAUACAGACACACAUACACAUACAGACACACAAACACACAUACAGACACAUGCAGAUACACACAUACAAACACAUGCAAACGUACAAACACAUGCAGACACACAUAUUCACAUACAGACACACAGAUACAGAUACAAAUACAGACAUACAUACAUACACACAUUUUCCCAUACAGGCACACAGAUACACAUACAGGCCCACAGAUUCCCAUACAUAUACACAUAUUCACAUUCAGACACACAGAUACACAUGCAGACAUACACACACAUACAUGCACACAGAUACACAUACAGGCACACAUAUUCACAUACAGACACAGUUACACAUGCAGACAUACAAACACAUGCAGACACACAUAUAUGCAUACAGGCACACAGAUUCACAUACAGAUACACACAUUCACAUACACACAUACAGUGGUGUAUUCUGGUUUUGUGCUGCCCAAGAGUAGUGGGAGUUUGAGCGCAGGACUUGUUUUUUUUGUAUUUGAAUACAAUUAAUCUGCUGUGGUAAUUUGACAAAACUCAGGCACCUCCCCUCCCCCCAGCCCCCUUUCAAAUUUAUCUUCCUGACAGACACACGCCCUCACUGAUGCAUGCACUGACAUAAACUCACAGAUACACAGUCAUUGUCACACACAUUGUUUAACCAACACACACUUUCACUGAAACAUACACAUUCACAGACAUACACACUCACUCAUUUACAGUUACACUCACAGUUACACACACACUCAACUUCACAGACAGACAGAAGUAUACACUCUCACUGACAAACACACAUCCACACUCACUGACAAACACAUAUACACUCUCAGUGACGGGCACACAUCCACUAACACAUACACACUCUAACAGACACACACCAACACUCACUAUUAGACACACACUAACACUCACUAGCAGACACACUAACACUCACCAACAGACACACUAAAACUCACAGACACACACACACUCUCACUAACAGACAUACUCUCACUAACAGACACACACUAACACACUCACUAACAGACACACUUACACUCACUAACAGACACACACUAACACUCACCAACAGACCCACACUAACUCUCACAAUUAAAAAAAAUUCAGUUUCAAUCCACGCAGCCUUCUACCUUUGGGAGUGCUGGAGUGCAUUUUUCCAGGUCCAGUGGGGCUGGCUGCAGCUUGGCAGGCUGGAGGGAGGUCCGGCAGACAGGUGAGCGGUGGAGGUGGGCGGCAAGGGAGCCCUGAUCUCCCUGCUCAGGUCCCUUGCACGCCUCUUAGCGAUGCCCGGGCUGGAGUGACAUAAAAAAUUUUUUAGCCACGCUCCUAAUUCCUACCUUCAGGUGCAGAAAGGUAGCUUGCCUGGGAUCCAGUUGCUGACUGAUGCUGUUGGGAGUCAGAAGCCCUGACUUCUCUCACUUCUCUUGUACCAUACCCAAAUCAAAUAUAUAUAUGGCAUACGCUGAAUGCUUUUAGUUAACAAUAACUAUUCCUGCAGCCUUUGGUCUUGACAUAUGGCCAGAAAACCACCUUUUCUUUUCAUUUUUCUUUUUUUGCAAAUAAAGGAUGGAUCUGUCAUUACGCAGCAGCAUGUUUGGGGGUAUUCUUAUUGGCUUGCAGUAUAGACCUUCAAAGUUACUCACUAAACACUAAAGUUUUCUAGAUCAGCUAUUAUAGGCUCAAUUUUGCCUUUGAGAUUUGAUUUCACUGCAACCCAACUUCAAUGAAUAACCCUGAUUGACUCAGUUCCAAUUUUCACUGAUUUUGAGAAAUCUUGACCUGGUUAGCCCUAUGAUAUUGUGUACCUGUUGUGUUCUGGCUUUCUCAUUUCUCUCGGUCCAUUAAAACAGUCUUCUUUUUCCUUUUACGUCAAGAUUUAAUUAAGUUCUUAUAAUCAAAGGAUGCGAGUACAUCUUUCUGUCCCUUCCACACCAAGUUAUUAUUCCUGGUAGUGUCUUGCCUGUACUCUGCCAGGAAAAGGUUUCUAGAUAUAUUGACUUCUGAGGACAAUUGUGGAAAUCCAAUGGAAAGGCUAAAGUUUAAGUAAAGCAGUACAAAUUAUAAGCAUGCAAGGAGAUAAAUGGAUGGAUUUGCCCUAUGAUUUUUGUAUUUCACACCACUUUGUCAUAGGUAGAAUUAUUAGUAUUAAUGCAUGCAACUGUUUCAGAUGCAUUCUUUCAAUAAAGGUGUGUGGGCAUCCCUUUAAAACCCAACAUUUCACGAGAGACCCUCGUAGGACUUCCAUAAUAAAUGGAUGUGCCUAGCCCCUUGUUAAACUAUACGUAUUGAAGGGGUUACACUAUGUUUAAGAAGCAGGUGGCACUUCACUUGUUGAUAAAUUCAACUACUCUCAUCUGAAGAUGAGACAUUCAAGCGUAAAAUAUUAUAAGCAUGGAGAACUGUUUUUCUUUCUGUCAAAAAGCUCAGCAGCCACACAGAAUUACUAUUCAUGUCUAAAAGGCCCCGUUCAUGUUUUGCCAUGUAUACAUAUGUAACAGAAAAGUGUUAAUGGGUUUGUGGAGUUGGAAUACGAGCCCAGAAGGAGAGGGGUUUUUUUCAGGUGGACGGUGAAGUCACGUUAAUGUCCAUGGGUCAAAAUAAUGUUUAUAAGGUGAUUCUCUAAGUGUUACAGUGACUGCUAGUUACUAGCUGUGUAAAUAAAGAGUUUAGUUACGUAAGUGUGAAAAUCACACCUUUAUAGUGAGUAAAAGGAAGAAUGUACAAGGUAUUCCUUAUAAACCUGUGUAGCGAGUGAAAAGGUCAGACUGUUUUAAUCAUACACCCUCGAGGGAGCUACAAAAAGGACUCAGGAGUUUAAUGAAAGCAGCAAAUUGUUAAAUUCCAGGCUAUAAUUAACAUCCAAGAUACAAUAUUGCAUUAUGAUAGAACACAGACAUUAGUGUAGAUGGACAUAUGUUUAUCUUGCUGUCCAAUACAGGAUGACUAAAUGCUAAAAUGCAGUCUUUACUAUAAACAAAAACUUUAGUCUCCAUUUAAAGAGAAUAUAAAAUGAAGGAGGGUUUUUUACAUUUUUAUUAGGUUAUAACUUUUUAUGCCUCUUCCUGUCUUCAAAAAAGGGCCCCAAAAUAAUUCAAAUCAUAUAUAUUAUAACAAUGGCAAUACCAAGAGCAGCUGGGAAAUAAAAUAAAAUGACUUAACUUAAAAAGUUUUUUAACUGCAGGUUUUUUAAGUAACUUUUUAAUAGGCUACAAUUACUUUAAUUCUACAUAUGAAUGUAUGUAAUCUAGGCACGCAAUUAAGUUGUUAUGGUGCGAGAAGGUCCCUGGCAGCAUCUUGCAUUAAGAUGCUAAAGUGUUAACAAACAGUUUAUCCACAUAGAUGUGAGGCUUCAGUGGUCAGUCUCCUCCUGGCACACCCUCCUCCUCUUCUCAGAUCAUCCAUCUCAAUGAUCUCUGGUCCAUUCCAGUGCUUCUCAUUGAGAACUAUUAAAGGACCACUAUAGUGCCAGGAAAACAUACUCGUUUUCCUGGAACUAUAGUGCCCUGAGGGUGCCCCCACCCUCAGGGACCCCCUCCCGCCGGGCUCUGGAGAGAGGAAGGGGUUAAACACUUACCUUUCUCCAGCGCCGGGCGGGGAGCUGUACUCCUCCUCUCCUCCUUGCUCGCGACGUCAUCGGCAGGAGCUGUGCGCGCAUUCAGCCGGUCGCAUAGGAAAGCAUUUACAAUGCUUUCCUAUGGACGCUUGCGUGCUCUCACUGUGAUUUUCACAGUGAGAAUCACGCAAGCGCCUCUAGAGGCUGUCAAUGAGACAGCCACUAGAGGCUCUGGAGGCUGGAUUAACCCUCAGUAUAAACAUAGCAGUUUCUCUGAAACUGCUAUGUUUAUAAAAAAAAGGGUUAAUCCUAGAGGUACCUGGCACUCAGACCACUUCAUAAAGCUGAAGUGGUCUGGGUGCCUAGAGUGGUCCUUUAAUGAAGUAUCGGGCAUGUAUUGAAAUUGUUGCCAAUCAGAAUCCCAUGCUUUCAGUGAUAGAAAGUCCUUUCAGUAAUAGAAAGUCCUCAAAGAAAGCUCCUUAUCUUCAUUAAGAAGGAAGUGGUUUUAGAGCUUAGUGUCUCUUUAAAAUAAACUCAGCAGUUUGUAGUAAAAAUAAAAGAUAUCUAAGUUAUCUUGACUUCCUCUAGGCAUGGCGGAAUUUCAUCGUGAUCAAAAAGAUCAAAAACUGUAGAGUUUAUUCACUGAUCACCGAAUAGCAAUCAGUUGAUUUGUCUGUUUCAGCCAUCGUUUUGUUAUGUGAACCCACUUCCGCUCUUCACGAAAGACAAUUUCAGUUAUUUCAGAUGUAUUUGCAAUGGCAGUUCCAGUGAUAUCAGCCACAUGUGUAUGUAAAUGUGUUAUUCAAACAGCUGCAACAAGUUCAACAAGUUCAGUUCCAACAAGUUCAUUUCCUUCAUUUCAUCCAUUAGCCGUCCUAGAGACCAGGGGAACUGCAAAUAUAAAUCCUGUGUCCUCCAAAUACUCCCUUAAUGUUUCUGUAACAGUACCCCAAACUGUAAAUCAUACCCACACUAUCUGCUUAUUUUGUCCUUCUUGUAGUAGGGAAAUUAGAUAACAGUUACACUCCAAUACGCUGGGCUGGUGAAUCUCUUUGCACUAAAUAAAUCCAUCUGAAAAUAGCGCUGACCAUUUCGGAUCAACGUGAAUUUAAUUCAGUUGAUCAUAAAUACAUAAAUGUCUGAUUAAUUUUAACAGCUUGAAGAGCUGAAAUAAAAGUAAAUUGUGUUUAGUUACUAAACCAUUAUAUUAUCUUUUCCCUAAUCAUCUCAGUUGUGGAAAUCUUGAAUUUUGAUUGGCUACUACAAAUGGUGUGACGAACAGAGCCUUUUAUAGUGCAUUGGGCAAGGUAUAUUGCAGGGUCCAUAGUCCUGAGGUAAGAUGCUGGCCAGCAGGCCCCUCCAAGAACCUCGAAGAGGUUCAAUUCGUCACAGGGCCAUAAUCACAGGGUAGGAGGCUGACAAACAGGCCCCUCCAAAAGCCAAUGACGAGGAUACUUUCGUAACAAAUGGUAUCUGUCAUUUUUCAGCAGCCCACUGGGGGCAUGAAAAUGUAGUAUAAUUUAAUUUCCACUUUGUGAAAUAGUCAUAUCCUCCAGUGGGAAAUGACAGUAAAUGCUACUAUAGCUUGGCUGUAGGAAUCUAUGAUUAAUUAUUUGUGAAUAUAGUUUUAAAGUUUUAUGAAAUGGAAACUUCAGUGGACAGAACCACUGUAAUCUAUUUGAACAAUCCACAUAUCGUUCUGUAUUACAUAAUUAGAUUUAAACUAGAAAUAAAUGCAUCAUGAUUUAUAAUAUGAAGACAUUAACCAGGUACAGCAUAAUAGUGAGGAAAUUGAAAGCACUUGUAAUAAUUGCAUUUUCUCCCAUUAAAUAGCAUUUAUCUGACCAUUGACAGGAGCACACAUGUUUGUCACUAGCGGAUUCUGAAAAUUAUUUCACUAAACAGAGCAAUUUUAGAUGUAAUAGGUAGGCAUGACAUAGAAAUGUCUGACAACUUUUUAUAAUCUUUCAAACCAAAGCUCACAUUUUGUCAGUAGACAGAUUUGAAAUAUGUAAUUCCUUAAUUACCUACAAGAUUUAUUUUGGUUUUAAUAAAGUGCUAUCAAUAUGAUACAUUUUUUGUAAAUAUAUUUUUAUUAAAUAUUUUUCAAUAUGUAAAACUUCAGCAUGGACACGCAAGUCCCUUUAAUCACAUGUAUCAGCAAUCAUAAUGUAAAAAUGCUGAUCUCAUUGUCAUGCAUUGGUGACACGCAGGUCACAUUAUAACGUAUGUUUUUAUGUUGGACUCGCAGGUCCUAAAGCAUAUAGACAUAAGUAGGCAGUACCCUCCAAUGCCUAAUGGGUACGACUUUUACGGCUCCCCUGUUAUGGUGAGAAUUUUAGGUUGGCUUAUCUCUUGCGGCUUGAAUGGGGAGGUUGACUUUAGAUCGAUGGUUGUAGACCCUAGUGCUCUGGUAGUCUCGUAGAGUGGGUGCGCGGUUGAAGUUAUUCCCAGUACCGGGUAAGGAUGUUUUUCCCCCCUCUGAGCCCAUUGCCAUCUGCAGCUUACUCUGGCCAGGGUUGCUAGACCCUUCAGCUACAGGGAAUCUCCGCUCUGGGUACCUUUCUAUUAAUAUCCCUGUACAGGAAGGUUUCUGAAACCCAAAGAGAAAUACCAUGGAAGAAGAGGGGAGGGGGAGGAGAGGGGGCUAAGGGGAAGGAAAGGUGGGGAAGGUGAGGUGUAAGUCCAUGGUUGUCAUGUCUGUCAGGUGAAAUUACUAUUGUAAUUGAGAUGUGAAGUCUGCCGCUGCAGUGGAUAGGAUCCAGUGGAACCAAAUCUUCAUGUGUGCUGUGGCGGUGUAAGCUGCACCCAUGUGAAGCUCCUCUAUUGCCCUGAGUUCCUCCAUUUGAAUGAACCAUGACAGAAGUGGGGGGGUGAUCGCCUGUUUCCAGACUGUGGAAGGACCUUAUACCGGUACCUGGGGUUGGUUGUGUGGUGCAGGAGCAUCGUCGCCGGGUCCAGGGGUGACGGUUCAUCAGAGGAUUUCUCCAGCAUAUUAUGUAUACCCACCCAGAAAGGUCUUAUUUUUUCACAGUCCCACCAGAGGUAUAGCAUGGUGCCUACCCCCUUACUGCACCUCCAGCAGAGGUAAGAGUGAGUUGGGUCUUUUGCGUGCAAUUGGGCCCGUGUGCGAUACCAAUUAGUCAACAGUUUAAAAGCUGUCUCCUGCGUCCUGCGUCCUGCGUCCUGCGUCCUGCGUCCUGCGUCCUGCGUCCUGCGUCCUGGUGAGUGCUCGUCCUUUGGGGAGGGUGUCAAUGAAGUUCGUCAGUUGUUCAUAUUUGAAAGUCUGUAAAAAGGUAGGGGUGUCGCCCCCCAGGAGUUCAUCUAACAUUCUAGUAUUGCAAAUUAUGUCCCUUAAGGCGUUCGGGUCCAGUCCUGGAGGAAAGUCGUUGUUGUCCGUUAGGUUAGCAGAGGCGAUGGGUAUUGUGUCAGUCUAUAGGUUCCGGAUGCACUCCGCCACAGGCGUAGGGUGUGUCGAGUGAGUAUGGAGCAUCCCUGUCUGUCCUCCCUUCUGGGGUGCCAUGGCAGGACAGAGACAGGUCUUCCUGUCUCCGAAUCUUCUACCAUCUUCCACAGUUCGUGGACAUUUGUCUUGAUCCACUCCAUCACCCUUUGAAGAUGACAUGCCAUGUAGUAUAGGUAGAAGUCCGGCAUUGGCAGACCUCCCCUGUCCUUAGGUUGCAUGAGAGCGGGGAGCUGACCCUCAGUCUUUUCCCAUUCCACACAUAGUGUCCCAUUGCUGAGCACAGGGAGGGGAAGAAGGGUUUGGGGAUUAUGAAUGGGAGGGCUUGUAGCAUGUAAAGCAAGAAUGGGAGGUAGUUAAUUUCGAUAACCUGAACCCUCCCCAGCCAAGAUAUGUGUGGGUAGGACCAUUCCGCCAUCUCCCGCUAGAAUGUAGCCAUUAAGGGGCGAAAUUCUGUUCAAAUAAAUCGCCACUCAGUCUAGUUAACCUAGUUCCCAAGCAGCAGACCUUGUGGUCCGCCCACUGGAAAGCGAAGCUUAGGUGUAGGGGGUGGCUCGACUGCUGGGCAAAAUAAUGUUUAAGACAUAUGAUUUUGAGAGGUUUAUUUUCAAGUUGGAGAUGGCUCCAAAUUCUUUAAAAGCUUGUAGGAUGUUCGAGAGGGAGAUUUCCGGUUGGGAGAUGAAAAAGAGAAGGCUGUCUGCAUAUGCAACCACCUUAUGUUGUGUUUCCCCUGUCUUUAUUCCCAUGAUGUCCCUGUGUUGUCUAAUGGUUGGCAUGAAGAGUUUGAGGGCAAUGGCAAAGAGCAGUGGAGGUAUUCUGAAAAAGGUAUUCCCAACCCACCCUGUCGAAGGCCUAUUCCGAGUUAGUUCAUAGCAAGAGAAGGUCCCCUGCGUCCCCACCCCUCAUCGGGUGAGAGCACGGGUAGUAUUACCCCUCGCCCUUACGUCCCGUCACGAGUCCCGCCUGGUCCGGGUGUACCAGGGAGGGAAUGUGCGUCUGCAGACGCGUGGCCAGGACCUUUGCCAUUAAUUUUAUAUCACAGUUGAUGAGGGAAAUGGCUCUGUUGUUCCCGCAGUUCACCGCCCUCCUUAGGGAUGAUAGUUAUGUGUGCUGUCGGUGCUUGCUUAGGGAAGUGGUGACCCUCCCUCACGGCAUUAAAUGAAGCCAGCAUCGGCUUGUACAGGCUGUCAGCAAAGCGUUUGUAAUUAUGGAUUGGUAGCCCCUCAGCGCCGGGGCUCUUGCCAGGUUUGGUGCAUUUUAUCGCAAGCGCCAGUUCCUCUAGGGCUAUUGGUUCGUCUUAUUGGUCGGAGACGUCCUUAUCUAUGGUUGGCAGAGCGCGCGUCGUCAAGUACUGUCGAAUUGAGUCUCAUAGACGGCCUUUCCCUAUGUUGAUUCGGGGCUGCGGUAGUGAAUAUAGCUCUGAGUAAUAAGAGCACUUCCUCCAGGAUCUUAGCAGGUCAAUAUAAUACUUUUAUAUGUCAACUUAUUGAUUUAAUUUGUUAAUACAAUUUCAAUGCACUAUUCUUCUAGAAUUAGUAAAAGUGCAAAUAUUUCAAGAUUUAACAGUGAAUAAAUGAAUGAGUAAACGGCUAUGCCUAGAUUCUAGUAUAAAUGCAUAUUGAUGAAGUUACAUAAAGGAGAAUUGAUACACAAAUGUAUCAGUGGGGCAUAGCCUUAACUAUGGCUCGAAUGAUUGCACUACAACAUCUAGAGGCUAUAAAACAGACCUUUAGUCUUGCAGCUAAUUCAAACGGGCACCAUCUUUUACUGUCUUGUAAUUUAAUACGCAUUAGUAUAUGAAAGGGAAAGGAGAGAAGGUUUAAUUUUUACAACAUGUGCUGCCAUGGAAAAUCACCUUUACAGAGUCACCACAAUGGUAACGGCAACAAGUUGGAAAAGUGGCUUCCCAGGAGAGUCCAAACUUGCUGCAGGCAUUUCUACCUCUUUCUCAAAUUAAUAAAAUACAAAUGUAACACAUACUGGACACCAUGACUAGUAGACAACUCCAGCAAUUCAAGACUUUUACUGGAAUUAUUAGCCAGAAUUGGGUGGCAAGGACUGCAUAACCAUAGUCCAAAAUAGACACGUUUAAAUACUGAGGAGCAACAAAGAAGUAAUUUGUGCAUUUGUGGUGUUUCAAAAUCAAUACCAAAGCCAAAACUAACAUCAAUAAUUACUGGUUCCUUUGUUGUUUUCUUGCCAGAGGUCCUCACACAUGUGUUAAUAUUGGAGAUAUCGAGGUAUGUGAAUAAUAAUGUGGAUAUGACAGGAUGCAACUUUGUGAUAUUCUUUUUUUUUUAAUCAAAAUUAAUUUUUGAUUACAUAUGAAAACAAAAUUGCUUUAAUGUUCCUUUAAUCCAUCGAAUUACUCGGUGCCUUUUGGUAAACUUGAUAGCAUUUGAAGAUUUAUAUCUGCAUACUAUUAUAAAUAUUAUCCUUCUACUUUGCAAGAAAGAAGUCAAGGUCACAAUCCACAAUGGAAUUCUGGCACUCGUUACAUCCCCGGUCACAUUCUUUGGGAUGACAUAACACCUUGUUAGUUAUUAUCUCCACUAUCUCCAGAAAGAUUAGAUGACUUAUGUAAUGCUUUAAAUACGCACAACUGAUAUAUAAACACUUUUCAAACAAUGUCAUAGUACAAGAAAUAUCCUACUUGUCAAAGAAUGGAAUUAGAGGAGAGAAAGGUCUGAUUCAACCUCGUAGAACAAUGAUAACUGGCAUUUAUUGAAUAACAAUGACAACAUAGUUGUCUUCACCCGGAAUGCCACGUUGAAGUGGUGAUCUAUCUCUGUUAUAGCUAAAUUAUUUUACUUGUUUGUUAGUUUCUUGUUUUUUUUUUUAAAAUUUGUAAUCAAACUGGUAGACAAAUGAAAUCGCUCAGCCCUUGCCUAGGAUUUAGCAUCAUAUAGCCUAGUCCUAUAAAUAAAUAAAACAAUAAUCAAAAACGGGUUACUUCCAAGCACAAAGUAAUGUGGAAUUGACACCUGCUAAACUUGUUUUAAUUAUAAAGAUAAUUAAAGAUUACCAGCAUGCCUUUCUCAUGAAUUAAGAACAUUUGUUCGUAGCAUGCAAAUACAUUUCUAGUACACAGUCUAUCAAUACUUUAUUUGGACACGGGUACAAAUCAUGUUCUAACAGAAACCCAACAAUGUAUUCUCUACAUUUUCAAAUGGUCUAACUCAAAGUUAUUGCUUUCAGGACAAAUGUCUUUCGAAUGACUCCUUGUUUAAAACAAAUUAUAUUCCAAUAUUGAUCUAAACCUAAAAGCAGAUGUUUAAGGAUGCUUGGGUUUCAUCAGCGUAGUUAGAAUUACUAAAUUAUAGUUUAUUAUUAUAUUGUUUAUUAUUUUUGUUAUGGGAUAACAAAGAAGACUGCUUUAGGUAACACAGCAUAUAAUGUGACUAUAUGGUUAAAUAAACUAUUGCAGAAACAACUUCUUUAGAAUCUACUACACAUUGAGAUAUUAAGGCUCCCUUUAUUUCUUUCUAAUUAUAUAGUUUGAUUGAUUAUGAAGAUAUUAAAAUGUUUCUGUCAUCUGUUUUAAGGUACACCUGGCAAGUUCAAGAUAAGAUAGAUGCAAAUAAUGUCGCCUACACUUCAGGGAAAUUAAGUCUUCACACAGAUUAUCCAGCUCUUCAAUAUCCUCCUGGGGUAAGGAACUUUAUGUUUUUGUUUAGAUGGAGUAGCUUUCAUACACAACUUUGUGGUUAAAAAAAAAACUGAGCCAAAUGCCCUCUAGCAAGAAAAAAACAUCGUAAGGUCCCCAAUAACAUGAGGUAAAGCAUAUAAGAGGUAUACGUGGAUAUUUAGGACUGCAACACGAGCUUGUUGUAUUUUGUGUUUAUAGACAGAGCUUACUCAUAAGCAGUGGUGGCUGGGGAAGUUGUAAGAUUGUGGGGCAUCAGAUUCCUCACCCAGAACUUGACUCUACCAUUUAACUCUAUAGUCAUCAUCUUCUGACCUGUGCCGACUGUUCAUGUACAUGUACUCAACACUUUGUUGUAACGGAUAAUGAGUUAUCCAUCUCUGGCACCGGUUUCGCCCUUGGGCUUUCUCAAUUGAUUACUUGAGCAACCUCCAGAAUGACGUAGAAGAAUAUCUCAGUUAAUUGCUUAAGGAUGAAUUGUUCUUAGUAUGAAAGGAUCACUUGAUCACUAGUGAUCACUUGAGAAAGCCCAAGGGCGAAACCAGUUGUGACUAUUCAGAAAUACUUUUUAAUUGGCUUUUAUUUCAUUUUGUGUGGUAUAUUACAAUAAAUAUUGUUUUUACCCUCAAAAUGUUAUGCUUUUUUUUUUUAUCCUGCAUUUAUUUUAUCAUCUUAAAGGAGCCUCGCCAGGGACCAUCACAACAUCUAACUCUACUCAUAUAUAGCUUUGGCGGGAAUUGUUCCACCUGAGCUGAUCUCAUUGAGCCUAAGGUGCUCUUAAAAUUGUGAGUAAUUUUCAUACUUUUCCACACACUUUUAUUGGUUUGAAAAAGUGAGCACGAUAUCCCGUUUUUAUUCUUUCAUAUGCUGCUUCCACUGUGAAUACUCAAAGAGAAAAAAUCCAGUUUUAUCCCUGAGUGGAGAUUAUAAAACUAAAAGUCUUAUCUAAGAGCUGAUUGGAGGCUCUAUCUUUGUGAGUGAUUAUUUUUCUUCACAUUAUUGAGAUAUUGAACAUACUGGGUUGCACUAUUGGUUUUUCUUUUCUGCUUAUAUUUUACAUGAAAUGCCAAUAACAGAACUACCGACCUCAAUCAAAACCUAAUUUAUUUGAAUGCCAAGGAAGACUUUUGACUGAACUACACUAGAACAUCACCUCCUCAAAGAAAGCCCAUCAUGCUAGUCAUAAGGAGGACCUGACUCUAUGAAAGCAUGAAUAUUGUGUUCGUAAAACAAAAUAGGGAUUGGAAUCUCCGCAGCUUCAGGAAUGUUGCAGGAGCCUUAAAACAUUCUAAGCAUUGAGGGUCAUUUGAGCAUGAUGGGAGUAAAGGUCCACAACCAUGUCUGUAACAAAAGAUUGAGUAUUGCCGAUGUACUCUAAACAGUAGCACCUUCUUAAGUAGAACCAUGGGCACGGACGUUGGCUCAAAAUGUGUUUUCUGUUUUUAAAGGAAAACUCAUUCUGCUAAUUGGAAAAAUGGUAAAUGAUCAAAAAGAAAAACAUAGGUUCUGUGCUGUAUACAAGAGAACAGAUGUGACUGACCUCAUAUUCCCGAGGCUGCCAAGAAUUACAUAGACCCAUAGGAGUCAGAAACGUUGAAAAGUUCACAGACUUAUGUGCAAGCCGUUCUAUAAUGUAUGCUUUUGGAAUGAGAAAUCUGAUGUUCUAAAAGAUUUAAGUAGUUGUUGUUGUGUUUUAUUUAUGUGGUCUUAAUUAACAUUGAAAAACAUUGCAGAUUACAAAAUUGACAUUAUAACAUGAAAAAAUGUUUGUAGAGGAAAUUAAUAUAACAUUAACAUAGAGCAGAGCCAGGUAUGAGCCACCAAGAUUCAUAAUUUUAUUGAUCAUAUUAAAGGAACACUCCAGGUCAUAACUUGAAGUCGUAAUGAAAUGUAGAGGCCCUGGGGGUCCCCCUACCUACUGGGGUUAAACCAUUUUGAAACGGUUUAACGUCCAAAGUUCUCUUCACACGACCUUUCCAUCUGUCUCUUCCUCUGCCCCAGGCACUACUACUGAAGCUGCCCGCUUGGGCGCUGGUGAUCUCCCAUUGAGAGAAAUGUUUUAGAAAGAAAAAACCUUGGGAUCGCUACUCUCUAAAACUGUGAGCCUUAUGGUAUACAUUCUGUAUGAGAUGUUAAGAUUCAGUGGAGAUAAUAAUUAUCAAGUAUACAGUGGCUCUGUCACCUCUCAAUAUAAUUAAUCUACAAUUUUUUAUUAAAUUAAUGUAAUAAUAUAUAUAUAUGCUUAUUAAGAUCUUGUUAUUUUUUUUGCUCAAUAAUUGCAUUUACAAGGUAAAAAUAUUAUGUUGUUAUUUUCAAGGACGUAAUCUGUAAGAUUGACUUUUUAUUUAAAUGUAUUUUUUAUUUCACUUCUUUAUUUUGUGAUUUUUAUUAUAUUGUUUCUGUUUGUUGCUUUUUCCACGAAGGUACUUCCUUUGGUCUUUUUCACCUUUUUUAAAUGGGCAACGCGUUUUUGUGUGAAUAUUCUGUUUGGUUUUGUUUUUCGUUUUCUUGAUGUGAGUAAGCAUCACUAGGGGUCAAAUGUAUUAAAGGACCACUAUAGUGCCAGGAAAACAUACUCGUUUUCCUGGCACUAUAGUGCCCUGAGGGUGCCCCCACCCUCAGGGACCCCCUCCCGCCCGGCUCUGGAAGGGGGCAAGGGGUAAAAACUUACCUUUUUCCAGCGCUGGGCUGGGAGCUCUCCACCUCCGUUCCUCCUCCUGGGCUGAAUGCGCAUGCGCGGCAAGAGCUGCGCGCGCAUUCAGCCGGUCACAUAGGAAAGCAUUAUCAAUGCUUUCCUAUGGACGCUUGCGUGCUCUCACUGUGAAAAUCACAGUGAGAAGCACGUAAGCGCCUCUAGUGGCUUUCAAUGAGACAGCCACUAGAGGAAAUAGGGGAAGGCUUAACCCAUUCAUAAACAUAGCCGUUUCUCUGAAACGGCUAUGUUUAUGAAAAAAAGGGUUAAUCCUAGAUGGACCUGGCACCCAGACCACCUCAUUAAGCUGAAAUUGUCUGGGUGCCUAGAGUGGUCCUUUAAGCAUGGCUAUUCGAUCUUUUGGGUUGCUCUUCACUUUCAAAUGGUUAGGUAUAGGCUUUGGAUGUUUUAAUUUUAUUAUGAUUUAAAUAAAGUUAGAUGCUUCAAUCACAGCUGCUGGAUUUAUUUCUGUGAAUUUGGCAACUCAAUAUCUUCUGCUUUGACUACCGAGCCAGCAGACGGAUGGCUACAUUUGAACAGUAACUCAUAGAAUGCUUAGCGAUGUUAUGGUUUGAUUAUGAAUGCUGGGAGUUUCUUUCCAAAAGUAAGUCAUUGGCUGACAUGCUGGAUUUUGCAAUUUAGCAACAGACUUUCAGUGGAAGAAUAUUCAUGAAAUAAUUGUUCCCACAAAAUUUAGAUGACUGGAGAGACUGUGAGUUGCAGUCUAGCAAGAGCUUGAUGCCUGCUAGUCAGUUUUGGAUGGUUAACAGGGCUGGUGCAAGGAUUCCAUUUUGCCGCCCCCUCAUGAAUGCAACUACAUUCUCUCAGAGGUUUAUUCACUAAACUUUGAAUUGCAGCAAAGAGACAUUUAGGGAAAGAGACACAUUGCGUAGACAACAUGUUUUCCUGGCACUAUUGCUUCCCCCUCUGUCAAGCGCCCCUACCUCGUGGUGCAAAAGGGGGUAAAAAAAAACUUUAAUCACUUUCCCAGGUUCAGCGUUGAUGUCCCUCGAUGCUGGCUCGGGUCCACCUUCACUCCUCAAUGGCCGCGGUAGGAUUUCCCCAUAGGAAAGUAUUAUACAAUGCUUUGCUAUGGGGUUCUACGUGAUGCAGGAUGUCCCCAUGCAUAGCCGCUAGAGGUCGAGUUAACCCUGAACGGUAAUUAUUGCAGUUUGUUAAAAACUACAAUUGUUACUUCUGCAGGGUUAAUGGCCCUGGGACACUGCAUCCAGACCAUUUUAAUGAGCUGAAGUGGUCUGGAUGCCUAUAGUGUUCCUUUAAGUGAAAGCAGAUGCACGGUGAGAAAUUUAGAAAAUGUAAACAGCUUGGGGAGACAUUUAGGGAAAGGAUAGAGAGACUGUUGAGAUAUUUAGGAGACAUUGUAAGCACACAUUUAGGGAAAAAAGGGACACACUAUCACUAACACACUCACUGACAUACACAGUGUCACUAACACACACACACUAUCUUUGACAUACACACACAGUGUUAUUUGCACACUCUCACUAACACACACAGUGUCACUUACACACUCUUUCUAACACAGAGACACACUAUCACUAACACACUCACUAACACACUCACUGACAUAUACAGUGGCACUUACACACUCUCACUAACACAUACACAGUCUCACUAACACACACACUAUCUUUGACAUACACACACAUUGUUACUUGCACACUCUCACUAACACACAGUGUCACUUACACACUCUUUCUAACACACAUUGUUACUGUCACUAACACACCCAGUGACACUUGCACAGUCUCACUAACACACAAACAGUGUCACUUGAACAGUCUCACUAACACACACAAUGUCACUUACACACUCUUUCUAACACACAGCAUCUCUUGCACACUCUCACUAACAUACAGUGUCACUUGCACACUCUCACUAACAUGCACAGUGUCACUUGAACAGUCUCACUAACACACAGUGUCACUUGCACACUCUCACUAACAUGCACAGUGUCACUUGCACACUCUCACUAACACACAGUGUCACUUGCACACUCUCACUAACAUGCACAGUGUCACUUGCACUCUCUCACUAACAUAGGCGUGCGCAGGCUAUUGCAUUAGGGUGUGCACCCUAAAACACAAGCACACGCCACAUAUAUAUGUAUGUAUGUAUAUAUAUAUACACACACAUACACACACUACUGUGUGUGUGUGUGUGUGUGUGUGUGUGUGCUGUGUGAGGGUGCUGUUAGUGUGAUGUGUGUGUGACGGUGCUGGUAGUGUGCUAUGUGGGUGAGGUUGUUUGUGUGUGCGUGCUUGUGAGGAUGCUGUUAAUGUACUGUGUGUGAGGGUGCUGUUUGUGUGUGUGUGUGCGCUUGUGAGGGUGCUGUUAAUGUACUGUGUGUGAGGGUGCUGUUUGUGUGUGAGGGUACUGGUAGUGUGCUGCGUGUGUGUUUAUUAGGGUCCUGUUUGUGUUUGUGAGGGUACUGUUAGUGUGCUGUGUGUGUGUGAGGGUGCUGUUUGUGUGCUGUGUGUGAGGGUGCUGUGUCUGUUUGUGAGGGUGCUGUAUGUGUGUGUGGGUGCUGUAUGUGUGUGUGGGUGCAUAAUGUGUGUUGGUGCUGUGUAUGUAUGUGGGUGCUGUAUGUGUGUGGGUGCUGUGUAUGUCUGUGGGUGCUGUGUAUGUCUGUGGGUGCUGUGUCUGUGGGUGCUGUAUAUGUCUGUGGGUGCUGUGUAUGGGUGCUGUAUAUGUCUGUGGGUGCUGUGUAUGGGUGCUGUAUGUGUGUGGGUGCUGUAUGUGUGUGGGUGCUGUGUAUGUCUGUGGGUGCUGUAUGUCUGUGGGUGCUGUGUAUGUCUGUGGGUGCUGUAUGUCUGUGGGUGCUGUGUAUGUGUGUGGGUGCUGUAUGUGUGUGGGUGCUGUAUGUCUGUGGGUGCUGAAUGUGUGUGGGUGCUGUGUAUGUCUGUGGGUGCUGUAUGUGUGUGGGUGCUGAAUGUGUGUGGGUGAUGUGUAUGUCUGUGGGUGCUGUAUGUCUGUGGGUGCUGUAUGUCUGUGGGUGCUGAAUGUGUGUGGGUGCUGUAUGUCUGUGGGUGCUGUAUGUGUGUGGGUGCUGUGUAUGUCUGUGGGUGCUGUAUGUCUGUGGGUGCUGUGUAUGUCUGUUGGUGCUGUAUGUGUGUGGGUGCUGUGCAUGUCUGUGGGUGCUGUAUGUGUGUGUGUGGGGUGCUGUGUGGGUGAGGUGUACAGUGCGGGUGCUGUAUGUCUGUGGGUGCUGAAUGUAUGUGGGUGCUGAAUGUAUGUGGGUGCUGAAUGUCUGUGGGUGCUGAAUGUGUGUGGGUGCUGUGUAUGUCUGUGGGUGCUGUAUGUGUGUGGGUGUUGUGUGGGUGCUGUAUGUAUGUGGGUGCUGUGUAUGUGUGUGGGUGCUGUAUGUGUGUGGGUGCUGUGUAUGUCUUUGGGUGCUGUAUAUGUGUGGGUGCUGUGUGAGUGCUGUAUGUAUGUGGGUGCUGUGUAUAUCUGUGGGUGCUGUAUGUGUGUAGGUGCUGUGUCUGUGGGUGCUGUAUGUGUGCUGUAUGUGUGUGGGUGCUGUGUCUGUGGGUGCUGUAUGUGUGGGGGUGGAGGUGGGGGUACAUUACUUGCUAUCCCCCCUCCCUGCUUACCUUUUGUAGGGAGGGGGGAUCGUGCUGCUGCUUCCAUCCCUGGUGGUCCAGUGGAGAGUGAACUCCAGCCUCUGUGGAAUCCCGCGAGAGGAACCCGGCGGAGCUGCCGGCAAUAGCUCCGCCGGGUCCUCUCCUGCCUCCCUCCCUGCAUGUGGGUCAGUGGGGAGGGAGGCUGAGAGCAGAGCCGGCGUUCGGAUAGCGCCGGCUCUGUAUGAGCCAACAGGGGAGAUCCUGAGAUCUCCCCUGCCGGUCUCAAUAUACAUAGGCGUGCUGUGGGGAUUAGGGUGUGCCCUGGCACACCCGGCACACCCCGUGCGCACGCCUAUGCUCACUAACACACAGUGUCACUUGAACACUCUCACUAACACACAGCAUCUCUUGCAUACUCUCACUAACACACAGUGUCACUUGCACACUCUCACUAACACACAGCAUCUCUUGCACAUUCUCACUAACACACAGUGUCACUUGCACACUCUCACUAACACACAGCAUCUCUUGCACACUCUCACUAACACACAGUGUCACUUGCACACUCUCACUAACACACAGCAUCUCUUGCACACUCUCACUAACACACAGUGUCACUUGCACACUCUCACUAACACACAGCAUCUCUUGCACACUCUCGCUAACACACAGUGUCACUUGCACACUCUCACUAACACACAGUGUCACUUGCACACUCUCACUAACACACAGUGUCACUUGCACACUCUCACUAACACACAGUGUCACUUGCACUGGCCCUGAUGGUUAAUGCUGCCUCAAAAGUAAAAAAACAAAUACCCACAUACAGGACACUGCAACUUGCACAUGUUGGGAUUUAAAUUUGAUACUUUAAUGUCACUGGGAACCGAUUCAGAAAUUCAUCUUCAAUAAAUUGCUCACCUUAUAAAAAUCAUUGUGAUGAGAAUUACAAAACAGCAUAUAUGUAGCCAGAUUUGUGUGCCAGCGUUUCUGUGUCUAUAUUUUAUUUCAUUUUAAUGUUCUAGUGGCCAGCAGCGUAAGAGAAAUUUGAGUUUUCUGCAAACCAGAGUCAGUAUCUGGUGGAUAUUUUUUGCUGACAAGGAAUAGUUGGGCAAGUACACGUUUAGAAAAGCAACCGUACUUCCAGUCCAGAGAUGACCAAACUCCAGUCUCCAGUAUAUUAAAAUGAUAGAAGUAAAUAUUGCACAUAGAUCUACAGAUUUAUUGGAUGAAGAACAGUACAGUUUUGGAUUCUAACAUGUAGCUAGAGCCUUUAUCAAGCGUGAUAACUGAUAUAUAGAUAAUGGAUUACAAACAGACUUUUUUGUUACUUUUAAUUAAAAUUAAAUAUACUGCAGAAUGUCUGUCUUUUGGGGUGUAAUUUAUCUUCUACGUCCAGUUACUAUACAUGGAAUAAGUGGGCGUUCUUUGACAAUCCUUGGUCCCCCAGGUGUGCUGGCUAAGCUUUGUUUGAGGGUUAUUAUACCACCCACUGCUGGGAUUUUAUUUAUUUAAAAAUAUAAUUCAAGCCCACUUACGCAAAUGAAUGAAAACCACUUGACAACUUAGGUUUAGCUAAACCCUCUAUAUAUGAUGUAAAAUAGUUAAAGAAUAAGAUCCUGGUCAUAGCUACAUUGCACCAAUUUGAGGUCUUGCUACUGAAAUUGGCUGGAAAACUGUCUUUUUUCCAUAAAUUUCAUUUCCAUAAAUCUAGGAGUAAGUGAGUACAGAAAAUGAAACGAAGGUGCCAGUGGUUUGGGGGGUUUUGCGCCUUUGGUCCCUUGAGUGUCCCUUUGAGUGUUUUGUGGUCUGGCAGGUCUGAGCCACAUUCUUUUUUACUAACUAUAUGAAUAGAAAGACUUGUAUUUGUCAUCUCCCCAACAGGUACAAUUUCUUCAUUGUUUGAAGCAAGCAGAAACUGGAGGUGAGAGUGAAAUGGUAGAUGGGUUCCACAUCUGCCAUAAACUCCGAGAGCAGAAUCCCAAAGCAUUUAACAUUCUCACAUCUACUCAAGUCGACUUCACGGACAUUGGAACUGAUUACUGUGAUUUCUCACUGCAAUCCAAGCAACGUAUUAUAGAGUAAGCACAUUUGGCUCCAUUCUGCUGUUAUUCCGCUGUAAUUUUAUUGCAUCAAUCUCCCAAGAAUAGGCAUUUAGAAAGCUAAAUUCUGCCAUCUUCUGUUUGAAACGAGUAAGAACUCACUCAGCAGAACAUGUUAUACCUAAGUUAUUCUACAGCUAUAGCUCUCAAGUGACCAUCAUCUUCGUGUGUGUGUGUGUAUGUGUGUGUCUGUCUAUCUGUAUGUAUGUCUGUCUGUCUGUUUGUAUGUAUGUAUGUGUGUCUUGUCUGUAUGUGUGCCUGUCUGUUUGUAUGUGUCUUUGUAUGUAUGUUUGUUGUGUGUGUGUGUCUGUCUGUCUGUAUCUAUGUGUGCCUGUCUGUUUGUAUGUGUCUUUGUAUGUAUGUUUGUUGUGUGUGUCUGUCUGUCUGUAUGUAUGUGUGCCUGUCUGUUUGUACGUGUCUUUGUAUGUAUGUGUAUCUUUUUCUUUUCUUUUAAAAUUAUUGAGUAACCACAUAUAUUGUACUUGGCUGAUCACCAUAUCUCUUGAGAUAUAUUAAUAGAAAAUACAUUAUAAUCCAUGUAUUCUGGUAAAAGAUCAUUGUACCAUCCUCUGUCCAACGUAAUGCUUGUUUAUUAAUGAGUUGAAUGCCAGAACUGUAAUCAAUGUCACCUUCAGUCAGGGAAGAAACGAGCACCUUUAAUAAAAUAUGGCACAUUGUGUUUUGACGUGUUUUUUUUUUUUUUUUUGCAUUAUGGUGGUAUUUAUUUAAUAUCUCUUGGAGAAUGAUCACAGUUUUGUCUACUCAAUCCAACUUUGACUUUAUGAAAGCUACUCUCAUAUUACGUAAAAGUGAGAUAUUUGGACUAUCAAAAGGUAUUAAAAUAUAACACCCUUUCUCUCUCCUAUCUGUGCAAAUAAUUAUCAAACCGCCUUUGCUCUUUCUAAAAAGGUGCCACAGAUUUGGGACGCAAAUAAUUGUUCUGAAUUCAGGCUAAAGCUGAAUCACUCUAGGCAAUAUUUCUUGUAUGUAGAAAGUAUGUUGCGUUAUUCUCGAGGUCUCAAAUAUUUCUGUAUAUUCCCUCUAGGUUAGACCAAAAUGGUGGGCUCCUUCGUAUUAAUUUUAAUAAUGCAACAAGAGAUUCUGUGUUCGAUAUACCAGCUGAAGACGUUCAGCCGUUUUACUCUUCACUGAAGGAGUUUGUCAAUCUCAUGAACAAACCAGAAAAUACACUCUCUUUCAAAAUGAAACCAGGUUGGUAACGUACAUUCACCCUGCUAAACCCCACUGGAAUGUUUAUUAUUAUUAUUUUAUCAUACCUUCAUAGGGACACUCUAAGCAACAUAUCAGUAACCUUUCUUAAUACAGUGCUAAUGGUGUUGGGAGCGAUGGGUGCACUCUCUCCGGUAAUUGUUUCAGAUAAUAUGACAAACAAUAUAGGCAUUUCCAGUACCCUAGGUCCACCUCCUAAGCCUGCAGACAUCAUAACUAAGAAUUGUCAAUAGUAGUGGAGGCUCGUCCAUAUGGGUAGCUGGGGCAGCACCACAUCAAUUUCUGCUGCAAUUAAAAAAUUAAAUAAAUAAUUAAACUAUAUUAUUCUUUUUUUUUCUGUUGCAGUUUUUAACUUUUUUGGUGUAAACAUACACUUUGAGAUGUGUCUGUUUUUUACGUGUUGUUAACGUCCUUUUAAUAUUUUCCUCCCCACUUAUUAUGCCUCUAUAUCGCUGCUAGAAAAGUAUAACCAGAUUUAUGGUUGUUUGCUAAAUAAUCUGAUUAAAUCCUAUGAGAAACUUUGUGAGUCACCCUCAUUAUCUGUCUGACAGCCACUUGCUAUUCCCAAUGCCUCCUUUUAAGGCGGCAAACAUGCUGCCCUUAGUAGGCUACUAGCAGGAGAGGGUUGAGUUGCUAGAAGUCCGCUUCCCCCGUACCCCACAACAUUGGUAUCAUGAGAAGAGGACUGCUACUUGAGAUGGUAAAGAGGACAGUGAAACAAUUGUGGGUCCACCUGAAUUACGGGCAGGUCAGCCUGAUACGAAUGCAUGCUAAGCCGCCUGCCAAUCAAGGAGGUCAGCCCACAUACCUGUACACCUCUGAAUUCACAAAGCACACAAAUUAUUUAUUUAUUUAUAAAAUAUUUUACCAGGAUUUAGACAUGCAGUCCUGGAUUCACAAAUGGACAUAUGCACCCCUCAAUUAACACAUGCACACAUUAUCCCUCUGCAUACAUGCAUCCCUUGAUUCACACAUGCAUACACAUACACUGACUCUCAGGACCACUUUAUAGAUUUACACAGCCUCAGUCCACACAAGUACACCAUUUUAGUCAGACAUGCUGAUCCUCCACACAUAUACAUACCUGUAUUCAGACACUUACUGACACUCCUUAGUUGUGUGCAUUUGUGCUGGCAAGUAACAUUCAGAUGGCGUUAGUAUUUUAAGCCUUUUGGAUAGGGUUUGGGGAUAGAAACAUAGAAACAUAGAAUGUGACGGCAGAUAAGAACCAUUCGGCCCAUCUAGUCUGCCCAAUUUUCUAAAUACUUUCAUUAGUCCCUGGCAUUAUCUUAUAGUUAGGAUAGCCUUAUGCCUAUCCCACGCAUGCUUAAACUCCUUUACUGUGUUAACCUCUACUACUUCAGCUGGAAGGCUAUUCCAUGCAUCCACUACCCUCUCAGUAAAGUAAUACUUCCUGAUAAUAUUUUUAAACCUUUUCCCCUCUAAUUUAAGACUAUGUCCUCUUGUUGUGGUAGUUUUUCUUCUUUUAAAUAUAGUCUCCUCCUUUACUGUGUUGAUUCCCUUUAUGUAAAUGUUUCUAUCAUAUCCAUUGUACAGUGCUACGGAAUCUGAUGGCGCUAUAUAAAUAAUAAAAUAAUAAUAAUAAUAUCCCCCCUGUCUCGUCUUUCCUCCGAGCUAUACAUGUUAAGAUCCUUUAACCUUUCCUGGUAAAGGGAUGUUUACUGUUAUGGGGGUUUAGUUUUAAAAAUAAGUGAUUAGGGGAUAGAGUUGGCAAGGUAUGGUUCGAGUUAGGAGCAUUUAAUAACCAACAAGAAAUUAGUUAAACAUUUUUGGGGAAAUUGCAAGAGGAGGUGUGGGUAGGAUUGCAUAAACAAAGUGAUUUAACUCCUAAAUGGCACAGUAUUGAGCAGUGAUAAUGUAGAGGCAUGAUCUAUACCAAAAUGUCUCCCUUAAAGCUAAAGUUGUUUUUUGCUUGUUUUAUCCACUUUGCAAAAUUGUUACACACUGCAAAACAUUCUGAUGCUAUAUUAAUGAUGACUAUAAUGACAUCCCCACAAGUGAAAAGCAAGAUGCACAGCACUCGCAACUCAUAUUAAAGGGUUACUCCCACCCUUGUUUAAAAAUACAUUUAAUUGAGAAAGUCCUGUUUAUAAAGUCGCAAAUAACUCUAAAACUUACCUUGAAUCCAAUGUCAGCAUUGGACUUUUCUUACCAACUCUGAGCGCAUGCAGAUCGACAGGGGAGGGGGGUAGAAGGGCUUUAUUUAAAUAUUUUUUAGAAAUGUGAGAUUACUAAAUGUAAAGUGGCCGGGUGUUCUGGGAAGGAGGGGAGAAAGAUCAAACUUCCCCUUGCAUGCUCGCUGCCUGAAGAUGAUUACGUCUAUCGCCAGAACAUCAGACAUACAUUGUGCAAUGAAUUGACAUUAGGCAGCCUAGAACAACGUCCAGGCUGUCUAGCCCCAUACUGUAUCUUUGUAUGUAGUUUUUCAGCAUAUGCAGGCUCCUACCACCAUAGCCACUUCUAAAAGCAUGAGUGGUCAAGGUAGUAAGUGUAACAUUGGGUUUGCAUUUUUCCCAUUACUCAGAUUUCCAAUUGCAUGAAUCCGCAUCCACAUGACACUACAGUCAAAGAACCAAUCUUAAUAAAGUAUUAUAAAUGUGACAGCAUGAUAUGGUCACGUCACACAUAGAGUUUUGGAGAACCGUAGUAAAUUCAAAGGGAUUUACAAAUUAAGGGACAAAAUAAAUGAACUGGAAAACAUUUAUGAAGUAGCUACGGUUCAUGUUGGCCAACUUUGACCUUAAAUUUAAAAUUCACUAACCUUACAUUCCCAACACUUUAUUAAAUGAACUGAUAGUUGUAAGUAUGUGUUUUUGAACUGCAAUGAAAAUAAUCAAACUCGUUUUAUUCUUCUGUUCUUUAAUUCAAUUAAUGUAAUUAUUGUUAUUAUUGUUAUUAUUAUUAUUAUUUAUAUGGCACCAACAAAUCUGUAGCACUUUACAAUGCCUGGACUAACAAACAUGUAAUUGUAACCAGACAAGUUUGAGACACAGAAAAAGAGGGGUUGAGGGCCCUGCUCAAUAAGCUUACAUGCCAGAGGGAGUGGAUUUAAUUGAUAAGAGGGAGUAACAGUUUAAUUGAUAAGCUUUUGCAAAGGAGUGGAGACUGGGUGAGCAUCUAACGGAGGAGGGAAGCGAGUUCCACAGGAACGGUGCAGCCCUCGAGAAGUCUUGAAGGUGAGCAUCAGAGGUGGGAGUACGAACAGAAGAUAUACGUAAGUCUUCAGCAGAUCGUAAGGGCCUAGACGGGACAUACUUGUGUAUUAGGGAGGAUAGCUAGGUGGGAGCAGCAUUAUGUAGAGAUUUGAAAGCAAGAACCAGAAUUUUAAAUUGAGCUCUAUAUUUUAAAUGAAGCCAAUGUAGAGACUGACAGAAGGGUGAGGCAUGGGAGGUGCGUGCGGACAGGAAGAUGAGCCUCGCCGCCGCAAUCAAAUCAACGGUUUACAAUAUCUCACGUGGCAUCUUACACCGUUUGACUUGAGAAUGUUUUAUUUCUUUAUGUUCAGGCCAAGUGGUGACCUUUGACAACUGGCGAAUUCUACAUGGCCGUAAAAAGUACCAAUCUGGAGGGGACGUGUCACGCCACCUGGAAGGCUCCUACCUGGACUGGGAUGUAGUCAUUUCCAGAAUGAGAUCUCUGAAAAGAAAAUUGCAGAGCCAAACUUGAUUAUACCCCACGUUGUAAUAAAAAAAACUGUGAUACUAAACCUUACAUUCCAGAGGUUUAGCAAAUCCCUCUUUUUUUCAUGUUAUGCUCUUAACACCUUUUACUGUUGUAGAUGCAACAUUUUUCUCAGUUUUAAUCUCCUUUAAAAAUGCAGCAACCUUUAAUAUAAAAAAAAACAAAAAAACAUUUCCCCUCAUAGUAAAUGAAGGUUUCGAAUUCUGUGAUAUUUAGUUUCUAAUUCUGAUCCUGGCCUCUAACAUUUUGUGUAGCUGACAAGAAGACGUUUAUCUCCUAAAUCAGGGGUGAUGUACAUCCCCAGAUGGUUUAAAACUGCAGCUUCCAGGAUACUUUGUCAUUCUAAGGGAAUGCAAUGCAUCAUGGGAGUUGUAGUUCUACAAAAUCUGGGGAUCUAUCUCUUGGGCACCCUUGUCCUAAAUGAAUUCAGUUGUGUUUCCAAAUCUACCUAAUCAUAGUGAUUGCAUGAAGUAUCACUAUCACUCAACGAAUCGGUGGCAUCAACAUAAAUUCCAGCAUUUUUUAGGGGUGUGAGUCAGGUGUGGCCAGGGGCUCAGAUUAAUCUGGAAAAUGUUAUGACGAUUUCAUGACUUACUAAAAACAAUUUUAUGUAAUUAAACAAUAAUUUACAACAAGAGAAAAGUACACAGACUAAUGUCUUAUUUACAGGGACUGACUUCUAAACACAUUUAUUGUAUAUUAAAGACUUGUUUAUGAGGAGCGCUGGUAUAAAUUUAAACACUCUGAGAAUUCUGAGCUCCUACAAAAGGCAGACAUUUGGACAGAAGAGAGGGGGCUCAAAAACAGGACUGUCUCUCCAAUAUAGGGACACUUGGAAGGUAUACAUUACAGGUGUUAAAUGGAGCUUAAAAGAAAAAAGGAAAGAAAAGGAGAAGGCUGGAGCCAAUGUUUUCAGGAAACCUCCUAGCUGGGGGAUAACCCCUUUUAAUCUCUAAAUAUGCAAAAAGAAGAAAGUUGGAGGAUGC